UCCUGCAGCCGCUGAUGUCACAGCUUCUCCACAAAAGUCAAGCCACGCGGCUGGCAAUACGCGAGUCGCGAUGUGGUCAGCCCAAAAGUCUCAAAGUCACCGUGAGGGGUGUUACUUUUGGCAGCCCAAUCAACAAUUUCCACCCCUGAUCUCCUGCUCGAGCGCGGUCGUACCACCGCAUGCCUUCCGAUGCUCGUGGGCCAUCGUCUCAGGUAGUCAACGAUGGUGAAGCACGGCGCGCACGUAUAGAGGACGUCCUGACGAGUGUGCUCACGCCAUGGGCAUUCGGCCAACAUGAAGACCAAAAGUCGCACAGGCGCAGUGGUAAAGAAAGAGGCAAAGACUCCGUAGAGACUCUAGAGGACCUUCAAGAGACCAUUCAGUACUUGACUGAGGAGAUAGUGAGCCAGGGCGUGUAUCUACCGUCGCCCCCUGAUACAUCGGACGAUGGCGCGAAUGCCGCUGGAGCAGACGAUACGUCGCACACCUUGCAAGAGCUAGAGUCUCACCCGCUUCACUCGCUCGUACUGUCGACUCUGAAGGAGCUCCUCCUUUUUGAUGAAGCGGAGGCGGUCUCUGCUGCGCCGACGAUUGUCGAGGAGAUCUUGGAUAGCAUGCGCACACCUCCGCCCGAUCCAGUCACUUCUGCUCGCCCCCGGCACAAGAAGGGCACUCUGGGCGAAUGCGAGAUCUGCGAGAGAAUGAUGCCAUUAACAGAACAUCAUCUGAUACCUCGCUCCGAGCAUGCAAAGUUGUCGCGACAAGGUACUUAUACCCUUGAUGAGAUGCGGAGCAGGCUAGCUAUGCUCUGCCGUCCGUGUCACUCUGCUGUACACCACAUGCUGCCAGCAGACGACCUGGCCAGUAGGUUCAACACGGUCGAGGCUCUGUUUGAGCACGAGGGCGUGAAGAAGUGGGGCAGAUAUGCCAGCGGAUUGAAGGAGAGGCAGGCGGGAUAUGAGGGCAUUGGACUGAGGAGCAAGAGGUGACCGGAGAUGGAGCAGCGGAAGAGCGGACGGGAAAAGAUGAUCGGCGGGGAUUGUGAUGUUCUUCGCGUUUUGGACGCGUCUCCCUUGGAAUGUUAUCUGAUAUCACACCCCGUCGUGUACACAUCAUGCGAGCAGGAUGCUGGGCCAAUACCCCUCGCCUCUGCUUCGAAUGGCAUUCCAG